AAUGAAUUAAAUAGCUUAAAUAUCGUUCACUCUGACCCCAUUAGUCAGGUCUUGACAACAGGAAAGCCACCGAAUUUGAAAGCGAAAACAUUAGCUUAGCUUAGUUUAAGCUAACCGUGUAAAUAUUUUACUUGCCGGCCCCGUCAAACCUGUCUGUUUAACGCGAAACAUGAGGAAAGUUACUGUUUUUAUAUCCAUUUUAAUUCAAGUAUGCGCUUGCUGGCAAAGUGCAGAAGGAAAGAGGGAAUAUUCAUACGCUGACUGCACUUAUCUGAAAGGGGACAGUGAUCACGUAUAUUCGGGCAGUAGAUGCUUCUGUUACAGCUCUGGUACUGUAAUCAAAUGGAGAGACAUCUGGUCCACCUUCAAGGUUAACGCAACUAGCAAUGAGGACGUCUUCAUUACGUUUCCAAUGGAGACUAGAAAUUGCCAUCAUCCGGAUGAUUUUCUCACAGUUAUAAAUUGCUUUGUUGAACACUAUUGGCCAUCCACUAUUCAAAGGGAGAAGUCUUUAGAUAUACCUUUGGUUGAUGAAGAUGUCUGCUUCAUGACCAAAUCGCCCAAAAGCAACACUCAGUACACACUACACGUUUCAAACAAAAGGUUAAAUAGAACGCGCUUCCUGCUCUUUCUCUUUGGGGUGAUAUUGUUUUGGAAAGCAGGAACCAUAUGCCGGAGCUCACUGUUUUACUACACCACUGGAGUUUCGUUGGGAAUCAUCGGCACAUUUGUCUUUCUGACACUUAUUCUCAGAAACUUCCUACCAAAGCGAGGCCUGUUCCUGGUGUUGUUGGGUGCCGGGUCGGGUCUGUCCUACUUGGGGAUCCAGGGGGUGUUGAAUAAUUGGGAUGACAUCGUCUCUGAGCACUGGAUGGAACUGCUGGCUUAUGUGCUGAUAUCUGGCCUGAUUAGCUUUGCUAUGUGCUACAAACACGGCCCCAUUACCAACAAAGGCACAUUGAUCUUAAUGACCUGCUGUAUGCAACUAGUAGGCAUUGUGCUGCUUUACCAUGGGUUAACUUACCCAUUUGCCUUCUACAUAUUGCUCGCUUUACUGCUUUGCGUGAAGAUUCUACCAUUGGUUUGGAGUCUCCUGAUGGGAAUAUUCAGUCUUUUCUACUAUUUACUGGGUUUGCUCUGGAGGAGGAAGCGCUCCAAAGUCAAACUGCUGACCGAAGACGAGUACAGAGAGCAGGGAGAGAGACACACCAGAGCUUGCCUGGAUGAACUGAGAGAGCACUGUAACAAACCCGGCUUUCCUGCGUGGGAUACGGUGCUGAGACUAAGAUCACCGCAAAAAUUCGCUAAGUUUCUGCACAGCGGUUCCCACGUCACUUCAGAGGAGCUGCAGAGUCAUGAGAGUCAUUAUGGGGUUGGUGGGGCGUUUCAUGAAGACUUGCUGUUUAACAGCAGCUCCAGCGACGUCCAUCCUCCAAUCGCAGAGGAGGAUCACACUGAUGAUGAGCUACACAGAAACAAUCCUCCAUUCCAAAACAACCUCCCUGGGCCCUCUGAAUACAACCCCCCUAUCUGUCCUUAUCCUCCUAUAAACUACAGCCCUCAACCAGAACCCAUGGAUGUAGAAGACCAGGACUUCUUCUGAAUCUUUGCCAGAUGAUCAUUUUUAAGUCAUUUUAUUUAAAGAGACUCUUUGAAUCCCCAAUAUUUAUAAAGUAGGUAAGCAUGAAUCUAAGGAAACAUAGUAAGUCCAUAAUGAUUUGUAAAAUAGUGUUUCUCUCAUUUGUAUAUUUAAAUGAUCUCAAUGAGACAAUGUGGGUGGUUAUUGUCUUAGCAGUGGACCUGAAUUUUAUUUGAAUUCCCGUGUGAUACAUCAGUAUUUCCCAAUCCUGGAGUGCCUAAUACUGCACAUUUUUUGUGUCAUAUCUAAUUCAGAAGAUCGAUUAUCUGUCACUGAUGUACUGAUGAAUCAAACCAGGCAGGUAACAUAAGGAAGUCAUCCAAAAUGUGUAUUGUUUGGGAAUGUCUGGAUUAGGAAACACUAUGAUACACCAGGUUAUAACCACUGCAUCAUACAUGUAUGAUAAUAUUGUUAAUGUGCUGAUCUCAGGUAUAAAAGACCAUCUGGACAACCUCUUAGUUACUGUACUAAUAUAUAUUUUUCACCAGUAAAAAAUUAUUAUAAUGGCAUUUUCUACUUUAAGCAAACAGUGCCCUCUGGUGUCAAUUGAAGGAGUAGUUCAACUAUAAAUAAACUUUUGGGCAAGUGCUCAUGGCCAUGUUAGAACCCUGAAUGUAGUAGUUGUAAAUAGGGACUGGUAGUGUCAAAUGUAGAUAUAAAAUGAUAUGAAAAGCACCAUGUAUGUAUAGUUAAAGUAGUCCAUAUCCGCUUGGGGCUGUAAAUCUUCUGAAUAUAUUUAUGUAUUUGCUUCUGAAGUUAUUGAUUUCUGUACUUUUAUAACAUUUUGGGUAUAUCAAAUUCAUUUUUGUUGUGUAAAGCAGAGCACAACAUUCUUAACUUUUAAAACUCAACUUCUGUUGUGUUUAGUCAUUUGAAAAAACAUUUGGUUACAUUUUUUGUGAUCUAGCCUUUUAAAAUAAACUAUGAAAUGCAAGACAUGCAUUGGACAAAGAGUGGAUGUUUAUUUUUUAAAAAGUAUAUGUUUUUAUAAACAGCUGGUUAUGUUUUAAAGUUGAAUCUUUUUAUAUUAUCAUAUUAAUUAAAGACAGAUGGCUUUU